GAGCACCAUGUGAGUGACUAUGUGGAUGUCAGUGUAAAUGCGUGAAUGAAAAACUCAUGUAACUAUUUGUAGGAUUCUUCUGUGACGGAAUUAUCACAGGGAAGCUACGGAGAAGUCAUACUAUCUGAUGCUGCCCUCUGUUGCCAUGGAGAUGGAUGCCAGUCACAUGUUGGAGGCUGCUCUGGAGCAAAUGGAUGACAUCAUCGCAGGUUCAAAGUCGGUAACAGUGGCGUCUUCAGGCAGUAUUUUUGAGUUGACCUCCCCGGGCGACAUUGGUCCACUGCGGGUGCUGAGACUGGCUGAGGACCUGAAAGAAGCCUUGGAACUCCAGUCUAGUCAAGAGGAGAAGGAGGGUCUGAGAGAACAGCUGCCCACACACACCGCAAACACCCUGCUUCACUGGCUGACUAAUGGAGAUGUGAACCUCUGCUCUCCAUCCAACAAUGAAACUUAUCAGGACCGACUGCUGCGCCUAGAGGGAGACAAGGAGUCCCUGGUGCUACAGGUGAGUGUGCUGACAGACCAGGUGGAGGCUCAGGGCGACAAGAUCCGGGAUUUGGAGAGUUCUCUGAAGGUGCACAGACAGAAGCUGACAUCCACUGAAGAGAUGCUGCAACAGGAGCUCAUGAGCAGGACCUCACUGGAGACUCAGAAGUUGGACCUGAUGGAUGAAGUGUCGUACCUCAAACUGAAGCUGGUCAGUAUGGACGAGACCACUGUCAAUGGGACUACAUCACCAACACAGGAGACCGGGAACGCCAAGAACAAUAAGGCUGAGUGUGUGGUGAACCUGAUCAGUGAGCUGCAGGAGCAGAUGUGCAGGUUUCAGGAGGAGAUCAGCUGUAGGAUCCAGGAGAGGCGCGCCCUAGAGGAGCAAGAGGCCGGACAGUGCCCUCCUCACAGGGGACACAGCCUGUCCUUCUCCGAGCCCCGGACAUCCCAGCAGCACAGCGGAGCACACGGCGUUCACGAUUUGCUUCAGGAGGUUAAAAAGCUUAAGAGCAGAGUGGACGAGCUGGAGGCAGAGAAGAGUCAAUAUGAGAGGAAACUCCGGGUCACCAAGCUGUCCAUCUCGUCCUCUCUGCAUGUGUGUUACCAGUCUCUCAUGAGCCAGCUGUCGGGCCUAAAGCUCACUGUGGAGCACACUCAGCUGGAGAGGCAGCACUGGGAGGAGCGCUGGAAGAGUGCUCAGGUGCCCCUUAAUGUCCUCAAACCCACUCCAUUUUUGUCCAUCAAGCUCGUGGCCAUGCUGUUAUUUUGUCCCUGUGUCCACUCCAUAUUCCUUUAUUGUACUUCUUUCCUGGUCUUGAAUCAUUUUAUUUAUUGUUCCACAGCUGAGAUCUCAGACCUGCAACAGCUCGUAGCCUCCAAAGACGCAGAGAUCGAGUGCUUACAGACCCAGCUGUUGACUAGAGGCGGAUCAGCCAAUGACAGCGCCGACAGAGAGGAGGUGUAUAUCAAGCAGCUCAUUAACAAAUAUCAUGAAUACCAGAGACUCAAGGUUGGCAUGGAGACUUUAGCAUCCAAUGAUGAAAAGGAUCGCCGAAUAGAAGAACUCACACUACUGCUCGCCCCAGUAUAGAAAGAUGAGAGAAAUUAUGGGCUAACAUUAGGCAGCAGUGAGGAGGAGCUCAGCUGCAGUCCUAAACUCAGAGCCAUCACACAUAAAGCACACUCAGAUAUCAUCAGGUCAGAGAUGUCCUCUAGAGGAUCUUCACCCCUUAUGCUUUCAUCAUCCCCCUACCAGAGAGACCUGGAAAAUAGCUUUCAGAACUCUAUGGAGGUGUCUCUAAUGUCAGCAGGAGACGCGAGCUUAUUCAAUGGGUCAUGGCCUCAGCGUCGCCUCUUGUCCACCAGCUUAGAAGAAUUGCAAAGUGGAUCCUUUAAGAAGGCCAUAGAGUUCCAGCCUGUUGAGACUGAAACUGAAGUAGUUACUGAGAACACCCACAUGGAGCUAAACAAGUACCAGACGUUACCAGGAAAACUGAGCAAAAAGAAAGAGCAACACAGGACCACAGAGGACGAUGGGGAGUACUUGUCUCCUGUCCAACUAUCUCCUGUCCACAACCACAAUCAGAGCUACACUCCCAGACACUCAGAUAAGUUGGAUGAGUGUUUGCUGUCAGACCAGUCCCCUCUGUCCUCGGGAGUGGACUCAGGACAGCAGUCUCCAGUGUCCCCAGAAAACAGGAAGACCCAUCGGGGCAUCAGGAAAUUGUGGGGGAAGAUCCGACGCAGUCAAUCAGGCAGCCCAGUCCCUGUUCACGACUCAGACAUGGGCGAUUUUAAGAGAGGCGGCUUUAGGGCCACAGCAGGACCACGCUUAGCACGCUCCAGUAACGCACGAGAAUUGAGGGGGCCGUUCUCCAAGUGGACAGUGGAGCAGGUCUGUGAUUGGCUGGAGGACAUCGGACUGGGUCAGUACAGUAGCUCGGCUCGACACUGGGGCUCCAGUGGGCAGACUCUGUUGUCAGCCAGUUCACAGGAAGUUGAAAAGGAACUUGGCAUAAAGAAUCAUCUUCACAGAAAGAAACUGCAGUUAGCCAUCAGGUCAUACAGUGGCAAAAGGCAGGAAAAGUCUUCAGAUCUGGAUUACAUCUGGGUCACACGUUGGCUCGAUGAUAUUGGUCUUCCUCAGUACAAAGAUCAGUUCAAUGAAGCUAGAGUAGAUGGGCACAUGCUGCAGUACCUCACAGUGAAUGACCUUUUAUUCCUGAAAGUGACCAGUCAGCUUUCAACCUCCAGCAUCAAAUGUGCCAUUCAUGUUCUGCACGUCAACAAGUUUAACCCAAACUGCCUCAAGCGCAGGCCCAGCAAUGAGAGCCAAUUCACACCCAGUGAGGUGGUGCAAUGGUCCAAUCACAGGGUCAUGGAGUGGCUCCGGUCAGUGGAUUUAGCAGAGUAUGCACCAAACCUGAGGGGCAGUGGGGUACAUGGAGGCCUCAUUAUGCUGGAGCCCCGUUUUAGCUCAGACACACUGGCCAUGCUGCUGAACAUCCCCCCACAGAAAACCCUGCUGAGACGCCAUCUCAACACUAACUUCAACAGCCUGGUGGGUCCACAGGCUCAGCAGGAGAAGAGGGAGUACACAGAGGCGCCCGGCUACACCCCACUCAGCAUCACGGCUAAAGUCAAGCCAAAAAAGUUGGGCUUCUCAAACUUGGCUCACCUGAGGAGGCGGCGCCAGGAGGAGGCCACAGAUUACGUUUGUCCCGUGGAUUCGUCCUCUGCUCAGUCUUUGUCUAAUGGGACCCAGGUACGGCCAUACACUGGCUUCAGAGGCCUCAGCCCCAUCCUGGACCACGAUGAUCACCCCAGAGACCAGAUGGCGCCUUCUGAGGAAACCAUGUUAGAGAUAGGGACUUCAUCUGAGAACAUCGGCAGCCUCACACAGGGUCCGGGGCCAGAGACCAGGGCCAGACCUCCAACAGGGGGCUUUCCAUCACUCAUCCUGUACAUCAGAGAAACAAGCCUGUGACCUGUGGUCCCUGUCCACCAUACGUGAUGGGAACAUUAGGCAGUAAACAAGACCAGCUGCUCUCCUCUUUCAAAGUUGUACCUUCUAGGACCCCAUCC